GGAGGGGUGAGCGCAGGGCGGGCGCACUUGCCCGCUGGGUCCUAGAGCCCGGCACUGGCUCCAGCCCCCCAGCCCCCAUUUUCUCAGGGUCCAGAGAGGACCCCCUACUUUCCCACCCAUCUGCGCCAUUGGUUCCUGAGGAUGUGGGGAAGGGGUCGGGGACAGGGCCUGGUCUCAAGGUUCUAACGCGGCGAGGGUCCACGCCUAGGGUUCUCAAUGGGAGGGGCUGGGCGCCCGGCAGGGUUCGAAAAGGGGUGGGGCGAGGAGGAAGCAUCGCCAGGGGGCGGGGUCGGAGGACCUGGGAAGGAGAGGGUGAGGACGCCGAAGGCGCGGACCCGCGCGUGCGUCAUGGAGGGGCGGGUCCGCGUGGACGGGCCUUCUGGGCGGGCCCGAGGGAGGAGAGGGUCCUGGGAAGAGAUGUUGCGGGGUCCUAAAAGGGCGAAGUUUAGAAGUAAAUUGUCGUAGGGGCGGGGCGCAUGAAAGACCCCAAGAGGGUGGAGCUACGUAGCCUUGUUCGUAAUGGGCGGAGCUUCGGGGGAAGAACGAACGAAGAGGGGCGGAGCAUUGUAAAGGGGCGGAGCCAAGGAGAACGUUCUAAAGGGGUGGGACUAGGGCUCCAGGCCUGGGGGCGGGGAAGAAGACGUCGGUGUAGUAUUUCAAAGGGAGAUCCAGGUUCGUAGUGGGCCGGACUCAAGCCGGCUCACAGGAGGGCGGGGCCUCGAGCCCAGGGGCGGGGCCUAGAUCUCGGGGUCCGCCCUCGCUGGCUCGCCCACCUGUCUUCACCCGCACCCCCGUUCUUUUCGGUUAUUUUCUGCUACGGCCGUUCCCCGCCCUGCCCUGGGCCCAGGGGGCCGCCGUCUGAUCUUCGGUCGGCUGGAGGAGUCGUCCCCGACCUCCGUCAGAAAUGGGGAACGUGCAGUCGGAGCCGUCCGCAGGCGGGGGCUCCCGAAAAGAGCAGGCCUCAGACCGCUCCUCCCACUCCCGCCGGACGUCCCUGGAGGAGCCCGAGGUCACCCCCUCCUCCCCGGCCAUGCGCCUGGCUCGCGGGCUGGGCGUCUGGUUCCCCGGCAGCUCCGCGCCCCCGGGACUCCUGGUGCCCCCGGAGCCCCAGGCCUCACCCUCAACCCUGCCCCUGACCUUAGAACUGCCCUCGCCAGUGACGCCCCCUUCUCAGGAGGCGGCUGCGGCCGCGGUCUCCACACCACCCUCGCCCCCCGUGGGGAGCCUGAUGCCCGCGCCGUCUAAGUGGCGAAAACCCGCGGGCACUCCGGUGCCCCGAAUGCGCAGUCUGCUGGAGGUGACCCAUCGCGGCCAGGGCGACCCUCCGAAUCUGCGCCCGCUGCCGCCGCCGCCCCGGCAACUAACAGAAGAGAACCGCAACUCUGUCCCGAGGGCCCCAACCCCGAUUCCGCCGCCCGUGGAGCCGUGGAAGCCGCCGCCACCGCCACCUUCCGACUGGCAGCUCCCGGAGCGCAGAAUCGCCCCCGCUCUGGCCACACCCGCCGCCGCCCCUGCAGAAAGCCAGGCGGGGCACGGCAGCGAAGGCCAGACGGCCGGCGGGGCCCGCGGAGGGGCGGCUCCCCAGGCCGGCGAGGGCGAAAUGGCCCGGCCUGCGGCCGCCGAGCCCGGCCUGAGCCUGCUGUGUAAAGUCACCUUCAAGCUGGGACCCCCUCUGCCCCCUGCGGCAGCGUCGAGUCCCUCAGCGACCAAAGCCUCGCCCGGGGGCGGCGGAGGCGGAAGACACUUCUCCGCCACCUCGGGCGCCAUCUCUUACGCCGAGGUCCUAAAGCAGGGGCGCCUGGCUCCUGGGGCCGCUCGCCCCUCGGGAGAGGUCCCUCGGGGGACUCAGGAAGCAAAGGGCGGUGAUGGAGACGGCGAGGGGUGUUCUGGACGCCCCUCGGCGCCUGCGUCCCACGCCGGGACCCUUCCGCCACCACCCUACACCACCUUCCCAGGCUCGAAGCCCAAAUUUGACUGGGUGAGCCCUCCCGAGGACCCUGAACGCCACUUCCGCUUUAACGGAGCCAGCGGAGGCGUCGGGUCGCCCCGACGGCGCGCGGCCGCGCUCCCAGGUCCCUGGGGCUCCCCGCCGCCUCUGCCAGGGCAGAUGCACCCCGCUCCCGGGCCCCGGAGGCCCGCACCCGCCCUGCUGGCGCCGCCUAUGUUUAUCUUCCCGGCGCCCACCAAUGGCAAGCCCGUGCGCCCCGGGCCUCCGGGCCCGCAGGAGUCGCAGCCGCCGCCACCGCCGCCGCCCAAGGCACCGCCCACGCCACCUCCCGCCCCGCCAUCCACACCUCAGCCACCGCCCACACCGCAGCCGCCCGUGCUCCAGCCGACGCCGCUGCCCGCGGCGCUCCCGCCCAACCCAGGCCCGGGCCACUUGGAGUCGGCCCUGGCUCCCGCCCCGUCUCCCGCUGUGCCCCUCGCCGUGGCUGCCGAGCAGGCCCCAGCCCGGGCCUCGGACCCAGCCCCACCUCCGGCUGGGGCCCCAUCCCCGGCUCCAGCUCCAACUACGGCCGAGCCAUCACCGCCCGCGCCCGCGCCCAUCAAGGCCCGCACGCGCAGGAACAAGGGUUCCCGCGCAGCCCGGGGCGCGACCCGCGAGAACGGCGCGCCUGGAGAUGGUCCUCGCGAACAGACCGCGGCUACCGUGACUGACAGCGGCGCUGCAGGGAGUGGUGGCGGCGGGGCUCCUCCGGCGGGGACGGCUAACACGGGCGCUGCGCGCCACUGGCCGCCCUUCCAGGUGCUUAACUCUUGUCCCUGCAAGUGUUACUGCCGCCACCAGCCGCGCCAUCGUCGCCUGCCACGCAACGUGUCUGCCUGGCUGAGCACGCCCACUAACCACCUGAGCGAGCCACCCUGGGUCGCCACCAUCAAGCUGGCUGGAUCCCUGGUGGCGGGGCUGGAACACUACGACCUGCAGGCUACCCACUCCAACUGAGGCCAGUCUGCGCGAUGCCCUCCGCCUUCCCCUCCUUGACAAUAAAAGAACAUCCA